GCCUUCCCCUGUGCGUCUGACGUCAUCGACGUCGAACGGGACUGUUUGUUCUGGAUUUGGGGCGAGGAAGGUCUGCGAGCGCUGACAACCGACUGAAGAAGGUGUGACACUCAGCCCUCCCUCAGUGUGUUGUGGUUUCCUUGCCCCCACAGCGUGUCACUGACAAACCUUGCGUGUUACCUCAGGAAAUCGCCGCCUCACGAACUGAGAUAUGAUCACACAAUUGGACUAGACCACAGCUGCACAGCAACAAACAUAGAGUCGAGGGAGGAGUGUAAUGGCCUGAGGGGGCUCCCCCCAGUCCCACCUGCCCCUGCCAGGUCCAGUCUGCCUAAACUGUCUGCUCAGCCACUGCAACCCACCACUGCGAUGGGAGACGGACUGGAGGCAGGCAGCAGCCAGAACCCUCCCUCUGCCCCGCCGCCUCUCCCCUUCAACCCUCCACCACCCGAAACAUGGAACCCCUCCAGACCCAAACGACAGACCAACCAGCUACAGUUCCUUCUUAAAGUGGUGUUGAAGACAUUAUGGAAACACCACUUUGCAUGGCCCUUCCAUGCUCCUGUAGAUGCCAUCAAACUCGGUUUGCCCGACUACUAUAAGAUCAUCAAGACUCCUAUGGACAUGGGCACAAUAAAAAAACGCCUGGAGAACAACUACUACUGGAAUGCCCAGGAGUGCAUCCAAGACUUCAACACAAUGUUCACAAACUGCUACAUCUACAACAAGCCUGGCGAUGAUAUUGUCCUAAUGGCAGAGGCCUUGGAAAAGUUUUUUCUCCAGAAGAUCACAGAGAUGCCACAAGAGGAGGUGGAGAUUGCUGUGGUCACCAAGGGGCGCCGUGGGGGCAGACGGGAGCCAGGUCUGAUCUCAAAGUCGGACUCAGGCCAGGACUCAUCAUCUCCCUCUACCACCCCACAUACACGAGGCUUUUCAUCCCCAUCAACCACCCCACAGUCCCGUCCUGCACCCGCCACUCAAGGUCCUCCUACUCUGCCCCUGCCCCUGCCCCUGCCCCUGCCCCUGCCCCUGCCUCUGCCCCUGCCCUUGCCCCUGCCCCUGGCCCAGCCUCAGCCCCCCCCACGCGUGCCUCCUACACCCACCUCCCACGCCCAUCUGGGACCCUCGUUCCCCCUCUCAACUCCAGAUGUCCUGGCCCAAGGCAUGACCUCUGUCCCCCCUCCGGCCCCGACACACCCAGGCCUACAUCCCAACCCGAUGCUGCAGAGCUCCCCUGCCCUCAUCAAGCAAAGAAAGAGCCAGAAGAGGAAAGCAGACACCACCACGCCCACAGCCAACGACCAGCUCAGUGAAUCAUCUCCUGUCUCUGCCGAGGCUCGACCCCGCCGAGAGAGCAGUCGUCCAUCAAAGCAACCCAAGCGAGACGCGUCGCAGCCGGACUCUCAGCAUCACCUGGGCGCUGGUUUGGAGACGGGAGGGAUGGUGACGCCAAAACGUCAGGAGCUGUUGCGUUCCUGUGCACGCCUUGUCAGAGAGAUGCUGUCCAAGAAACAUGUCGCAUACGCCUGGCCUUUUUAUAAACCUGUUGACGUAAAAGCUCUUGGUCUCCACGACUACCACGACAUCAUCAAACACCCCAUGGAUCUUAGCACCAUCAAGAAAAAGCUGGACAACAAGCAGUACAGAGACGCUCAAGAAUUUGCAGCAGAUGUCAGGUUGAUGUUCUCCAACUGUUACAAGUACAAUCCUCCAGACCAUGAUGUGGUUGCCAUGGCGCGCAAAUUACAGGACGUGUUUGAGAUGCGUUUUGCCAAAAUGCCUGAUGAGCCAGAGGAGCCCACCCCUGUUCCCACCCCGUCAUCGGCCCUCCACCCUGCCCCCUCCACUCGACAAGCCCCGCCUCCUUCCGCUGUCUCGGAAGACGACAGUUCCAGUUCCUCCGAAUCGGAGUCCUCGGGAGGAGACUCAGAUCACGAAAGGCAACAGCGAUUGGCUGAGUUACAGGAACAGCUUAAAGCUGUCCAUGAGCAGCUGGCGGCUCUCUCCCAGCCACAGGCCAGCAAGCCCAAGAAGAAAGAGAGGGAGAAGAAGGAGAAGAAGAAAGAAAAGCACAAGAAGAAGAUAGGAGCAGAGGAAACUGUGGAGGCCCCUCCGUCUGCAAUGCUUCAGCCUCCUAAGAAAAGCAAGAGCAGCAAGGAGCCACUCAUUGUGAAGAAGGAAAGGAAAAAGCCUGGUAAGAAAGAAGGAGUUAAAAACAGCCGCCCAGCUGUGCCCCCUCAGCCUGGGCCAACCCCUCUUGUCCCCUCAGCCUCUCUUGAAGCAGAGGAUGACAUAGAUGUAUUUGGGGGCAUGUCCGCCGAAAGAUGCAAGCCGAUGUCGUAUGAGGAGAAGCGCCAGCUGAGCCUGGACAUCAACAAGUUGCCUGGUGACAAACUGGGCCGCGUCGUGCACAUAAUCCAAACGCGUGAGCCUUCGCUGAAGAACUCCAACCCGGACGAGAUUGAGAUCGACUUCGAGACGCUGAAGCCUUCCACGCUGAGGGAGCUGGAGAAAUACGUCUCCAGCUGCCUCAGGAAGAAGAAAAAACCAUCAGUGGAGAAAACCCUGGAAAUGACAAAUGUGACAAAGAUGAAGACAGGAUCUUCAUCUUCAGGCAGCAGUGACUCCUCUGACAGUGAAGACUCUGAGAAUGGGCUGGUUCCCAAACAGCAGAAGAAGACCUCGACUAACAAAGACACCAAGAGACCACACCACCAGUCCCUCAGUAGCGGAGUUGGCCCAGUCCCUCCUCAGCCUCAGACUCAGCCUCAAGUCGUCCAGUCCAAACCACAAUUUGUCCCUCCUCCCUCUGUCCCUGUUUCUGUCCCAUCUCUGGACACCUCCCAGCUGUUGACCUCAGGAUUUGAUCCUCUGGCCCACUUCAUGAACCCACACCUGACACAGUCGAACACAGAGCCCAAUCCAACCAUCACUACUGCUGGUGCCCACGUCACCUCUGGCCUCCUCAACACAAACACAUCCAGCAGCCAGACGCCCGCUGAGACACACCCUUUCCUAAACCAACAUCCCAUCAUACCCUCCCCAGCGAUCCACAAUGCUCUACCCCAGCAACCAUCGAGACCCAGCAACCGCGCAGCACCGCUUCCACCUAAGCCUUCACAGCCACCCCCGUCCUCGCUCCCCUCCCUUCCUCCCUCCUCCUCACCCCAGCUUCAGCCCUCGCUUCCCCUCACCCUUCCCCAGCCUGUGCCCCGUCCUCGUGUCCCUUCACCCCCGUCACACGGCAUCUUGGGUACCCUCUCAGCACAACCUCCCCAAGCCCUGCUGGAGGACGACGAGGAGCCCACCCCCACCAGUUCCGACACCCCGCCGCUCAGCCAGGUGCACACCUUUCUGCAGUCUCUUCAGUCUCGACCCACCACGCAGACCCAGCCGAUGCACACGCAUUCGCCGGUGCAGGCCGCCUCUCAGCUGGUGCCGUCAAUGCACACGCAGGCCAUGACAACAUCCACCCCUGCCCUGACGCAGAGACACAGCUCAGGCCAUGCGCACAUGCAGCAGCCGUUCCCACAUGCACACCCGUCUGUAACGCAGCAGCAGCAGCAGCAGCAGCAGCAGCAGCAGAAGGGCGUGGCCCUGCAGCAGAAGGUACAACAGAUGCAGCAACAUCAACAACAGCCAUCACCACGAAGUAAAGCAGAACCUUUCUCAACAGGUUGCCUGCGUGAGAGCCCCUCUCCCCUGAUGAUGCAUUCUCCUCAGAUGCCUCAGUUCCAUACAAUGGGACAGCAGUCGCCCUCACAGACCAAGAAACAUGAGCAGAGGUCCAACCUGGUGGGAGUCAAAGAAGAGAAGCCUUCCCACUCGCCAGUUCUGCCCCCCUCACCCUUCAGUCCUGCCAUGCGACAGGAAACACACAAACCUGACAACAAACACAGAUUAGAUCUGAAGCCAUUGGAUGGUUCUCGCCCUGGUUCUCGCCUCCCAGACUCCCCAGCUCCGCCCUGCUCCCAGCAGGACAACAAAAUCAAGCAAGAACCCAAAACUCCCAUCGCUCCGAAGAAGACACAGGACGUGAAGUUAAAGAACAUGGGAUCUUGGGCCAGCCUGGCGCAGAGGUCACAGUCCACGCCAGCCUCGUCCGUUCGCUCCUCCAGCGACAGCUUCGAACAGUUCAGACGGGCUGCGAGGGAGAAGGAGGAGAGGGAGAGACAGCUGAAAGCACAGGCUGAACAGGCCAGGAGAGAGCAGGAGAAGCUACGCCGUGACGAUGAGGACACGAUGGAGCAAGCUCGUCGAGCGCAAGAAGACGCCCGCCGUCGCCAGGAGCAGCAGUCACCACUCGCUCCCACACCUCCGGCUUCUACCCCACCCACUCACUCUCCGCAGGCUCCACCUGCACAGCCACAAGCCCCGCCCCCAUCCUCCUCAGCUACACAGAACGCUCUCGACCAGCAGAGAGAGAUGGCGCGCCGCCGUGAGCAGGAGAGGCGCAGGAGAGAGGCGAUGGCUGACACCAUCGACAUCAACUUCCAGAGCGACCUGAUGGCCAUUUUUGAAGAGAACCUGUUCUGAGAGGGAAAAGGAGGAUGAUGGGAGUGAGAGAAGGACCUAUAGACACACAUAAGCAAAUUUACAAAAUGCAUAUAGACCACAAUGCUCUGAUACACAUGGUCGCUGCUCAUACAAUUGCAAACACACACACACACACACACACACACACUUAAUUGUAACUGUCCCUUUCUCUCAGUAGUUGAAACAGCUGGCUUGUGUCAUGUGAAUGAGAGGGGGGAAGUGAAACUGAAAGAAGCAACCCUCUUCCUCCAACCUCAGAUACGUUUUGGUGUCUGACUUGGUGUUUAUGGUUGUUAGUUCUGAGUCUCCAGGGACGACAGGUCGACACUGAAAUAAUCAAGAUAGUCAGCUCCCUCUAGGAAAAUAAGAACGGCAGAACAAAAAGGAGGGGACUUAACUUUUGCGUUAAAAAAAAAAAAUAAUACUGGCGGUGAUGAGUAGGUUUUAAUUUAAGUGAAAAUUAAGGAAAGCUUAUUCUCUAAUGUCUGAGAGGAGAUAAAUGAGUUUAAAAGGAACAGGUGAACAAAUUACAAAAAGACAGAUCACUUUGUUCUUGUUUUUUUUUUCCUCCUCUCCUAAUCUCGUCUCUUUAUGGUUUUUAUUUUACGUUUGAGUUUUAACUGGGAGGUUUGGGGCUGGUGUGGUCCAGUUUGUCAGGCUCAGCGGUCAUCUUAAGAGUCGGUUGUUUUCCUCAGGACACAGUGGAAAUGUAACACCCCGGCCACAAUCACACACUUUUCUAAGACAUCCUUCCUCCCUUCGCUUCCUGCUACUGCUCCCUCUUCAGCCGUGAAUCGAAGAGGUGGAGGUUUCAGCGAUGCUCGGCUCUGUGUGCAAAGAGAGAGAGAGAGCGACAAAGGAGAGAUGGCAUUUUAAAAGCUUCAGAGUGUCCUUUGCCUUAGCGCUCUGGCCUGUAAACUAUCGAUCACACCCUACAAAUUAUACAUAUUAUAUAUAAAUAGAUACAUGAAUAUAUAUUAUAUACGACGAAAAGUCAAAGUAAAAGAACAUGAGAGGGAUUUGGAUUGCGGGGAGCUAAGCUCAUCUCGGUGUUCAUCUCUAAGCUCUGGUUUUGAUUUUGUAGAAUUUACUGUAAAGAAGAAAAAAAAACUUUUUUAUGAUUCUAUUGAGAGGAUUGUUUCGUCUGUCUUAUUCUCUCUCCUACCUUUUCUGUUUUGUUUUUUUUCUCAAGUCUAUGCCAAAACCAAUCUAUUGAGUGCUGAAAGUUCAUUCACAUUUUCUACAUGUAAAAUGCAUCUUCUUUUCACUUUAUAUUAAAGGCUAUGUUUUUAUUGCUAUUUAAUUUUCCUUUAUCCCCUUUUAAAUCCAACGUUAUGCAGCAGUUUUCUCUGUGCUAGUUUGAAAAAGCGGUUCAAAAAUCAUUGCUAGGCCCCAUCAUUCUGUAGUUGUCUGAUAAAUCUGCACUUAAAUGUUUCAUUACUUACUUUUUUCCCUCAUUAUUUCUUCUCGUCAUGUACAUGUUUUUUGUCUUUCUUAGCCGUCUCGUCCACCACUAUCUUCUUUACAGCUUCUACAGUCUGUAUAAUAGGUUCUUGUUUGUCAUUCUGUCUUUUAGUUUCUGUUUUUGAAAUGUUUUUAUCGUCCACGGUAACAGUUUUGGGAUGUUGUGUGCCAUUGUGUUUUACUGGAGGCGGGAGGUUUUCCCAAGGCUUCUGUAGGUUGGCCCAGAGAUCCAUGAGUGUUUUCAAUUCUAUAAUCACUUUUUUUAAUGUUUCAUUCAUUUCUUUUCCCUUUUCAUAUUUGACUGUUUUGAGUUGAGCUGUUUUGUUUUCCCUUUGCUAUUUUCCUUUUGAUUUAUUUUACCCAGGACAACCUGUUGGUAUGUUGGUGAGUGAGGCAUUGAGGUCAAUAGAUUCUUCUUGUUCAGAUUAUGGAGUACAACAUCUUUUUUUAAGAAAAGUAUUAAAAUAAUAUUUAAAAAAAAUCA